AUGGCCUAUGCAGGUGUUGGGUCCGUUCUUGCUCCUCCAAACGUCAGGAGUUUGCGAGAAACACCACCACAUACAGGCCACCACAUCGACGAGCCGCUCGGUCUGCCCCUCAAGUUCCCGGCAGUUCUAAGUCAGGAACUCGCGUGGACUGGUCCACAGUUCCAAGAUGAAGCUCAGUACAUCUACUCGCUACUAGAUACCGAGAUCGCUGAGGUAGAUGCUGCCUUGGCUAGGUUCAAGGCCCUCGGAUUAGACGGAGAUCUAAUCAACAUCGACAACUUCCCUUUACCAACAUUGGGGCCCAAGCUGGUGGACCUCGGUGCCGUUCUAUACAAUGGCCGUGGUUUCUUCGUCCUGCGAGGGAUCCAGCCCCAGAAUUACUCUGUGGAGGAUCUCACUAUGGUUUGGUUAGGGAUCCAGGCAUACAUCGCCGAUCAACUCCACAUCGUGGCCGACAACACGUCUGAUGAGAAAAUCGGUCACCAUCGCCACUCAACAAGUGCUAUCACCUUCCACACUGAAGAGGCCGGUGAUAUUACUGCAUGGCUGACGAGGAGCACUGCAGCUUCCGGCGGCCAGUGCAUCAUCGCCUCUGCGUACAAUGUUUACAAUAUCCUCGCCAGGCACCGGCCGGACAUCAUUCGCACCCUGGCGAAGGCCGAUUGGCCUUUUGCUAUCCCUCGGUUUCACUGUCGUCCCAUCAUUUUUUACGAAGAUGGAAAACUGAUCACGAAUUUCACGCGGACCCCACUAUUAGGCAAUGCCACUCAUCCACGGCCAGAGCACCUGCCCAAGACCAGCGAGAAGCAGCGAGAGGCGCUAGACAUCAUCGAGGCUAUUGCCCAAGCUACUCAGUUGGAGAUUAGAACCCAGCCAGGGGACAUGCAUUUCAUCAACAACUUGGCCGUCCUGCACCGGCGCGAAGGAUUUGUAGACGGGCAGUCAAAGCAAGCCAAGAGACAUCUCGUGCGUAUGCGGCUUCGAAGCUCCAAUUUGGGAUGGAAUAUCCCUCCUGAACUACAGAAGGAAUGGGAGGACGCCUUCGAGGAGGACUUAGUCAAGACUUGGCACUUGGAGCCCAUGCCUGGCGAUGCAUUUCCGCUCCGCAAGUACACAAACUGA